CAUUGCCAGUCAUGGUGGAUAGGACACUUUGUACAUGGAGGUUUUUGAUUGUACUGGCUAAAUAAUAACCCUGAACAGGAGUUAAGGAUUUCACAUAUUAUUAUUGAUAUCUUCUCGGUGUUUUUUAUAUUCUUGCCUGGUUUGAUCUACAUUACACUUCUUUCACGUAUUGGGCCGUAAGAAACCUGGUGUUUAUCGCACAGAUGUGGAUCUUGUAGCUGCUCCGGAAUUCAUCCCAAGACCAUCAUCAUCUUCAUCACCAGAUUUUUUCCAGGGGGGUUUGGAUAUCAGAAAAGACACCUGUCGGAUGACAUGCACCCUGAGCAGACCAUGAUCUGAAGGCCCUUCCAGGAGGCCACAUACUUACUUCCUUCCUUCCCUCCUUCCUGUUUUUAUCAGUGGAGGAAGACGGGUGAGCCCAGCUGCUUCAGACAGGUGGCAUCUGGAGAGAGAGAGAGAGAGAGAGAGAGAGAGAGAGACUCUCUCACACACACAUCUUCAUACACAGAGGCGACUUGUCGCUGUUUGUGCUCCUGUAACUGCCUCAAGAAAUUUUGACCUCUGACCUCACCACACCCCCAACCUUGCCCCCACCCCUGCUCGGCCAAUCACAGCAGCCAUGGGGAGGAAAAAGAUCCAGAUUCAGCGAAUUACAGACGAGCGUAACAGACAGGUGACCUUCACCAAACGGAAGUUUGGUCUGAUGAAGAAAGCCUACGAGCUCAGUGUGUUGUGUGACUGUGAGAUUGCCCUCAUUAUUUUCAAUCACUCAAACAAGCUCUUCCAGUAUGCCAGCACCGACAUGGACAAAGUGCUCCUCAAAUACACUGAGUACAAUGAGCCGCACGAAAGCAGGACCAACGCAGACAUCAUUGAGGCUCUGAACAAGAAAGAGCAUCGGGAUUCGGAGAGCCCAGACCCCGAGGAGCCGUUCUCCCUCACACCUCGCACAGAGGAGAAGUACAAAAAGAUAGACGAGGAGUUUGAUAAAAUGAUGCAGAGCUAUAGGCUUUCAUCCACAGUGCCACCGCCCACUUUCUCCAUGCCAGUCACAGUGCCGGUGUCCAGUCAGAGCCCUCUGCCAUUCAGCAAUCCCAGCAGCCUUGUCACCACUUCCUUCAUCACCUCCACUCUCUCAGACCCACGCCUGCUGUCGCCACAGCAACCGCAGCUGCAGAGGAACACGGUGUCUCCUGGCCUGCCACAGAGACCUGCCAGUGCAGGUGCUCUUCUGGGAGGUGACCUCAACAAUUCAAACGGAGCGUGCCCAAGCCCUGUGGCCAAUGGUUACGUCAGUGCCAGGGCCUCCCCAGGACUCCUCUCAGUCUCCAACGGAAACAGCCUGGGGAAAGUAGUGCCGGCUAAAUCUCCCCCUCCGCCCAGCACUCAGAUGGUGAACAGUCGCAAACCGGACCUUCGGGUCAUCACCUCCCAGGGCAGCAAGGGUCUCCUGCAGCUGACAGAUGAAGAGCUGGAGUUGGUGAGUGAGGCUUUCCAGAAUGCUCAGCGGUUAGGCGCCUCUCAAGUGGCCCAGCCUCUUACCACACCAGUGGUUUCCGUGGCAACGCCGAGCCUCCUGACUCCAUUCUCCAUGCCAACCGCCUACAACACAGAGUACCAGCUAACAAGUGCAGAUCUCACAGCUCUCCAGGCCUUUACGCCGUCGGGUGCACUGUUGCCAAGCAACAUGACCACUUGGCAACAGCAGCAGCAGCCGUCUGUAUCCCAGCAACCACAGCAGCAGCCAUCCGUAUCCCAGCAACAGCCUCAGCAGCAGCAGCAACAACAACCCCAGCAGCUAACUCUGGCCUCCCUCAGUAAUCUUGUCAUGUGGGGCUCAGACAAACAGAACGGAGAGAUGGCUCACUGCAUAUCUGGUCUGGCUGCUAAUCUCAGUGUGACAUCUCAGGGCAGCUUACUCUUGGGCAGGGAGGAAGGGAUCAGCUGGCCCUUGGGAACGAUCCCUCAUGGAGCUACUCUGACGGUUAGCACUAACCCCAAUGUCAGCAUCAAAUCCGAGCCAGUGUCUCCUAACCGGGAUCGCAGCACCCCUUGUUCCACCGCCGGGGCAGUGGGUGGCGUAUCAGGCCUAACUGUGACCCAGUAUCCAGCGAAUCUGCGUUUGGAGCCCACCGGCCGCUCUCCGGUCGACAGCAUCAGCAGUAAUGGCAGCUCUUAUGAGGGAAGCGACCGAGACGACGGAGGGCAGCCGCGCCAUCCUGAUUUCAACACCGCCAGCCUGGGUCUCCUCCGAGCUUCCUCCGAGCAACCGGCUCAAGCAGAGCAGCAGGAGUCAGCCAGCGUGAAACGCAUGAGACUGGACACCUGGGUCACAUAAAUGUUGAAAGAGAAAGCGAGAGAACUGCUCUCUCACCCGCUCAUACACACACACCGACACAAACACACCCCUAGUGGCACCUGCUUUCGGCAGCCAAUCUCAGUCCGCACUUAGACACAUGCAUGCGCCUGUCUCUCUCUCUCUUCCUGUCUCUCUCACUCUUGUCUCACUCUCAGACACACUCAUAUUUACUGGUGUGUGUGUAUAUAUUUAUAUAAAAUAUGCAUAUAUGAUCACACACGCACUAGAUCCUCACACACACUGUUGCCAAUCCAGGUGUAAACGUGUUCACGUAUACGAGACUCAAGAGAUGUACCAGGCGGAAGGUCAUUUGGUUACGUCUCUGAUAUCCCCGCCCUUGCUCAGAGAGGCCGUCUGGAUCUCAGAUCAACUUUUGCAGGCCUUACCAUUGACCCAAACAAAGUUCAGCGGCACUGCUCUGUCGAAACAGCAUAACAACAGCUUAUGUUGCAUAGACAAGCCUGUCAAUCUCUUUUUUUUGUAUUGAUUUCUCUUUUGUUUUGUUUUUGUAUGAAUGGUUAAAUUUGCCAUUUAUCUUCUCGAUUGACUCUUCCUCUCUUGCUUUUCCUCUUUUCUUUUUCAGCUCUUGAGCAGCUGCCUUUAGAAUCGCCCCUGUUCCUUUUGUAACAACUUUAAAGUAGGAUCUUUAUCUUUGUUUUUCUAACUGUGCAAAAACUACGCAUAGUGUGCGUGUGUGUGUGUCAGCCGUGAGACAGAGGUGCUCAUUCAUUCGAUUGCUAAACACAAUUCAGCCAAAAAAACUCCACUCGAUCAUGUUUGUUUUCCAUCUUUCGUCGAAUCGUAAUCUCGCACCAGUCCCCUCGCUUGCACACUCCUAUGAGUGUGUCUAUCGGCGGAGCUCAAAGCACAAAUGCCGCUCCGCAUCCUUGAUUUUCUGCGUAUGAGUGGACUGUAAAUGUGGUGUCGUUGAUGGAAAUGUAGAUCUAUCUGUACUAAUGAGAUCCAGGCAUGCAGGAAACACAGAUGUGUUCGUAUCAGCCUGCAGUGUAACUGUGAGCAGCGGUCUCUGCCACAUUAUGCUAUAUUUAUUGUUUUCGUCUGGCUGUGUAAUUCAGAGAUUAAUUAGUUAACUUUAUGGGAUGAGUAUGCUUAAUUAUUGUUUGUAAGAUUCCAGGAAUAAGUACAAAGUGGUCAAAAAAAAGUCUCGAGUUGUUGUUUAACUCAGGAUGGCGAGUUUUUAGAUGUUUGAGAUCAUGUAUAUACAAAAUGUAUCAGUGUUUCAGAACAGGUCUAUAGGGAAAGAGUUGGUGGCAAACACACAUCUCAGCUAGCUCAUUUUAGCUAAGAAAGAGAUGGAGGAUCGUGUAGCGCUGUGUGUGUGUGAGAAGCGUUGAGAUUGUACAUAGCGAUGUAUGUUCACAUAUAUUCUGCUGGGUCUUUCGGAAACAGCGCUGUAAUCUCAGUGGAACCGUCUCCUUCAACCUCUACCUGUAAAUAAACUGUACCGUGUUGUAAGUUAGCAAGGUGGAGAGGCAGAUGAAGGAGGAUUUGACUGUUUUUAAGCGUGACUCUUUUCUGUCCUUUUUAUCCUGAUGGCACGCACUUUAAAAUCUUUCCCCCUUGCCCGCUCGCACACCUUCAGACACACACGUGAGGGAUUUAUGCAUCCUUGCAUUAUCAUUUUCACGAUCAGUCCACUAUCCGUCAUUUUUACACCUCCAUUUCCCCCAACAGGAAUUUUCUAGAGCAAUUUCCCUGACAGCUUCGAAGGGAAUACAGCCUCCUUUCACCUAUAAGACAUUUAAAGCAUUCAGGGAAGGACGUUUGUUUUUUGUUUUCGUUUUGUGAGAUCAUGGCUUAUUGCACUUCACAUGUUUAACCGUGAACAAUAAUAGAAGAAAUAUGUCAUGUUUUGUAAAAAAGAAAAGAAAAAAGGCAACAAAGAAAAAAGAAUGUUGUUCUGAAAUCUAGAUUAGGCUUUACACGUGUUGCAGAUGUGACAAUUAUGUACACAAAUCGUUUUCUGUGCAUUAGUGUAUUCUAUUAAGUGACAAAGAUGAAGGAUGUUUCUGUGACGAUUUUGAAAAAUGACGACAGAUUGAGUGAAGACAGCGUUAGGGAAGGGAAAUGGGGUUCAAAAUGAUUUCAAAUAUGGCAUAGGCUAUUCUCCUCUCAAAAGAUGAGUUUUGAGUGUUAGUAGGCUAUAUUUAUAUCCAAGGUGAGACUCACCUGUCCGUCAACGGCUUCUCUACCUCUCCUUUCAUCCUCUCGUAUCUUCUCUUUCUCUCGUUUUUUCCCACUCCUUCACUCACAGAGGAAGAUAGAAGCCAUUUAAUUUCACCUCAGCAGGUGACCCACCUUUUGUUAAACCAGAUUCCACACACACACACAUGAUGUAUGCAGUACCGGGAGAGUAAGUGUUUGUUCGGACUCAUCACAGACCUGCGUUCGUAUCCCAUCGACUGAGGUUCUAGAGCUACUGGGCGAAUGAUUUCUAGAACUGUAUCAUAGCAGAGUGAGGCCUCUGCAGCGCACCCGCUGACUUAAAGACUGUUGUGUCCUGAGCUUUGAACAAAUGCAGUGGUUUCUAUGUACGUUUAUAAGAUGACGGCCUGAUACUUGAGGCCGGUGACUGUAAAGUGAUGCGCCUGGGAUGGUCCGGUGCCUCGAAGCACUGGCUAUGUUGAUUUUUAGGCUAAGACAACGUUCGAAAAGCUCUCGCAAGGACCUCAUGAUAAAAUUAGGAAUCUGAGUAAUCAAAGAAAAGACAAUCGUCCGGUGAAUAGUUCACUUUUGCCCCCGUAUUCCCUUUGUAUGAUGUCUAGAGAUUCUCACAUACUUUUUCUCGUGUUAAUUUGUGCUGGUGACAGUUUUAUUGUCUGUUUUUAUUAUAAUUGUUAUGAUGAUUAUCAUUACCAUUAUGGUUAUUGUCACAGAUGGUAAUAAUAAUGAUAAAUUUAGAGAGACGGUUUUUUGCUUUUUUUGUGGAGG